GCUGCGACCCAGGGUUCAAUCCGAACCCUGCCGGUGCCUAUGCUAGCCCAGGUUUUGACCAGCCAGGAAUGCCUGGCGGCUUCGCAGGCGGUGGUUACGGCGGCUGUGGCGGAGGCUGCGGCGGCUGCGGCGGCGGCUGCAGUGGCUGCGGUGGCUGCGGUGGUGGCGGCGGCGACUUUAACAAGGGCGGCAACGUUCCGGGCACCAAGCUCUACGUCGGAAAUCUUCCAGGUGACAUCCAAAGACAGGCGCUGGAUGUCGUCUUUAAGACCUACGGCGAAGUCACCGACAUCCACAUCAUGACCGGCAA